AUAACAUAAAUAACAGGCAGGAGUACUUUAAAAGCAUCUACUUUGCUCUGCUCGGGCAUCAGUUGAAUUUGUAUAAUCUUUAAGUGAACAACGUUUCCAUUACCCGUAAUAAAUUAAGAAAAAAAACGGAAAUAAAUAAAAAUGUCUCUUGAACGUGCAGUUAAAGCAAAGAUUGCUGGUAAGCGCAAUCCUCAAAUGGAUCAAGAGGCCCAAGAAUGGGUAGAAGCCAUUUUGGGUGAAAAGUUUCCUGGCGGUGUUGCGUACGAGGACCACAUCAAGGAUGGCCAAGUGUUAUGUAAAUUAAUUAACACCUUAACUCCUAACGCUGUACCGAAGAUCAAUAGCUCGGGUGGCCAGUUUAAAAUGAUGGAAAAUAUUAAUAAUUUCCAGAAAGCUAUUAAAGAUUACGGUGUCCCCGAUUUGGACGUCUUCCAAACUGUAGAUUUAUGGGAAAAAAAAGAUAUUGCUCAAGUCACCAACACCAUAUUUGCUUUGGGCCGUGCGUGCUACAAACAUGCUGAAUUUAAAGGUCCUUUUUUGGGUCCCAAACCAGCUGAUGAGUGCAAACGUGAUUUCACCGAAGAACAAUUAAAAGCUGGUCAAACGGUUAUAGGCUUACAGGCCGGUACUAAUAAGGGUGCCACGCAAGCUGGUCAAAACUUGGGAGCUGGACGUAAGAUUUUGCUUGGCAAGUAAGCUACAAUACAAAUGCAACUGUGCCUGGUACCUUUGGUCUUUGCUGCUGAGGGCAACUAAACUUGUAGAACCAUUUCGCAUCUCCGUUAUUUAUUUCAAUUCAUUUUCUUUCCAAUUUCUUAAUAUUAAGUCUAAAUUUUACACACAUGUAUGAAGCGAUUGAAAUUUGUAUAACCGUAAAGAGCGUAAAAGAGAAGAGAAAAAGAAUAAUAUUUUAUA